AUGGAGUCUCAGUAUCUGAAGAGAUGCCUGGGAAGUUGCUUGAAAAUGGGACUGGCCGAGGUUGUAGAGCAUCGGCCAGCAGAUCCAAUAGAGUACCUGGCACAUUGGAUUUACAAUUAUGGAAGAAUCUUAAAUGAAGAAAAAAAGAGAAUGUUGGAGAGGAUUGAGCUGGAACAAGAACGGGAGGCAGCCCUGGUAGAACUCAAAAUGUUAAGAAAAAUGGAGGAAGAAGAGCUAAUGAUCCAGCGGAAAUUUGAAGAACAACAUCAGGGUCAGUUGGAACAAGAACGUGAGGAGCUGGAACUGCAGAACGAAGAAGAUGAAAUGUUGUUACAACAGAAAGAUCAAGAGGAAAAUGAAAAGACGAUAGCUGAACUUACAGAUAGACCUGGAGCGCCUAAUUUGACCAGAGUUGAGGAGCUAGAUGAGAAUGGACAGUUUGAGAGUAUAACAGAUCUCAUGGCAGAAUCAGAACAAGAAGGUUCCCAACUGAUCUGA